AGGUAUCGACUAGGGUUUCAUAAUAUUGUUCUCAUAUUUUUAGAAAGCCACGAUUUAACAAAGGGAGCACAUAACAAUCUCCACACAAGUGCGGCAUCAGACAGAGGGAGAGCACAACAUGGGUUCGCGAGAGAAGGAUCAGCCGACGCCGCACCUGAGUAGUCUAGUUGUACGGCCCACUGACAGCGGCGGAGAAAAUGGAGAUGGCGGUGCCGGUAGCGACUACGAGCCAGGUGAGGUUCGUCGGGAUGCACCGCCGUAUUCACGUUCCGAUCGAUUCUCUGAUAGCCAUGGAUAUAGAGCGUAUGCAGGUUCUGUUUCACCUGUGCGCCAUAGGAAUGCAGAUCAUCGGUAUAGUACUGAUUUUGAUCAUUCAGGUGGCCUACCACGUAGUCAUGGAUUUGGUAGCGGUAGAGAUCCUGGUAGACAUCGAGACUAUUCACCCCCUUAUGGUCGUGGGAGACAAGCUGGCAGGUUUGUGGGCAGAAGUUAUGAUGGACCUGGUUAUGGUGCACGGCAAGUUAGAGAAGGUCUGCCUAGAAGCAAUCCAAAUGUACGGCCAAGAGAUGGUGAUUGGAUGUGCCCGGAUCCCUUGUGUAACAACUUGAACUUUGCAAGACGAGAGAACUGUAACAAGUGCAAAAGGCCUCGAUAUGCACCUCCAGGGAGUCCUCGGAGGGGUUAUCCUAGCCCACCUCCCCAUCAUCGCAUUCCUGGCCCUCCAAUCAACCGUUCUCCAGGAAGGUUUGUGAACGGGUAUAGGUCCCCUCCUCAUGGCUGGGCUAGAGAUGACCCCCGAGAUUUCAGAGCUGGGGUUCCUCAUUCCAGAUAUGAAGGGAGGUUUGCAGAUCCGCCAAUCCGUAGAGAUAGGCCUGAUUUUGCUGAUGCUGAUUGUAGGGACCGUAGUAGGUUUGAACGGCCUCCAGCCCUGGAUUGGGGACAUAGAGAGCGUGGGAGAGAGAGCUAUUAUUUAAGUGAGAGGAAAGGUUAUGAAAGGCGAACACCAUCUCCACUUCAUCCACCAGUACUACCACCUCAUGGCCAAUGGCCCCGUGAUAUCAGGGAAAGAAGCCGUUCUCCAGUGAGAGGUGGACCACCACCCAAAGACUAUGGCCGUGAUAUAUAUAUGGGAAGGGGGCGAGAUGAUCGGCGGGUUGGACGAGGUGCAUAUUAGCUGGUGUUGAAAUGAUUAUAUUUGCUGAACUGUGUUUACUGGUUAGCAAAGGUAAAGCGAUCCAAAUAUUUUCCUAGAACUAGUAUUAUCCAAGCACAUGUUUUCUAUCAAGUUCAGAAUCCGUUUAUGUAACUUUAAUUGUGCAGGCAUUUGCAAUUGCUGAACCAGAAAUAGUUUUUUGGGAAUUCCCUUUGCCUCAAACAUAUACUCUCCUCAUUUCUCAGCAUGUCUUGUGGGUAUAGUUGUAGUGAUUAUUAGAAUUUGUUGUCAUAGAACUGUACUUAUAUGAAACCUUUGGAGGCUGCUUACCAUAUUCGAAAGAAAUGGUAAUGACAUGGUGGUUCAAAGUGAGAAUUUGUUAUCAAAUCUAUCUUCACCAACAAAGCAAUAUAUAUAUUGCUUGUCCUAUCUUUCGAUGAUUUAAUUUGCCCUCCUGUUCGAAAUCUUGAUUCUGCUGUGAACAGUGUACAGGCCUAAAUGAUAGCUGGUAAGUUAUGGACUGG